AUGAUAAGAAGUCCUGCAUAUCUUGUCUUUUAUCCUGAUUCCAAUAAGGUUGAACGAGUAAGGUGUGUGAAAUUUUUCAAUGAGAGCAACCAUGAAUCUAAGGUUAAUCCUGACGAACAGGAAGGGGAAUUUCUGCCCAGUAAAGUGUCUGUACCUAUUGCCAAUGAGAGUGUAAUAUCAACACAAGGGGAUGAAAGUGCAAAUGGCAUUGAAACUGUGCAUGAUGAAGUACGGUACCCUAGUCGAACUCGUACUAAGCCAACAUAUUUGAAUGAAUAUGUAACUGGUAAGGUUGUUGAUGAUGCAGCAACAUGUGCAGUUGAUUAUUGCUAUAGAACCCAUGACAUUCCAACUAGCUAUUCCCAAGCAGUACAUUCUCCUGAAAGAAAUAAAUGGGAAAAAGCCAUGGAUGAUGAAAUUGAGGCCUUAGAGGGCAAUGAAACUUUCGAGUUGGUCCCACCCCCAAAGGGCUGUGAGGUAGUGGGAGUAAAAUGGGUGUAUACCGUUAAGACAGGACCAGAUAAGGCUGAAUAA